CACUCUCUCUCCCUCUCUCUCCUCCUCAGUCGGCGACCCGAGGCGGCGGCGACGCCAAGGCAACGCUCGGCCUUCUCUCCGCCGCGACUCUCUCUCUCUCUCUCCCUCUCUUUCUCUCUUCCCAGCUUCUUCCGCCUCGAGUUCUCCUCCCGCUGUGUCAUCUCUCAAUCCGACGAGACUUCUCUCUCAGUCCGACUCUCUUCCCCCUCUGCGUCUCUCCCUUCCCUGCACUCGUCUAUGGAGGGAAGCCAGUCGCGUACGAGGAGCUCGCGUAAGCGUUCCUUCUUAGAAGAGGAUGACGAUUCUCACUCCAAUAAACCUCCUGCGCCAAAAAGGGUCAGGUUUCCAAAAGGCAAGAAGGUGAAGCCAGUAGAUGAAGGGGCGAGCAAAAACCUCGCGCCUGAAGAAGCGGGCCCAGUUGAUCUCACGAACCCUCGGUUCGCUUCUAAAGAGCGUGCAAAACGCCGGACCCAGAUAACUGCAGACCUCUUAAGUGAAGAAAGCAGAGGUGCCCUCAAUGACAUUUCAGCUGCUGAAGUUACUUAUGAGGACAAUGAGAACUUUGUUGAUGAUGGGAUCCAAUUAGAACCUUUCAAUUUGGAUAAAGAGAGGCAAGAAGGUUACUUUGAUGCGCAGGGAAAUUUUGUGGAAUAUGUCAGUGAAAAGGAAAUUAAGGAUGCAUGGCUUGAUAGUAUUGAAGUUGAUACGAAGUUGGCCUCCAAGAUCCCUGUUUCGACAGUGACUGAAGAUGAUAAGCCUGAGCUUUCAUCUGAUGAUAUUGGGAGGAUUAAAAGGCGGAUUGCUGACUCUCUUCUGCCAGGAGAAACUGUUUUGCAAGCCUUAAGACGGUUGAAGGGGAACUCAAAUAAUAGGAAGGAGAAGAUGUCGGCUGAGACGAAACAUCUGUUUGACCAACUGACAGAAGAUGCAGCAAUGCUCAUGGAGCAUGGAGAAUACAAUGUUUAUCAUGAACAGCAGGAAGUUUUUGAGCGUGAGGCAGAAGGAUAUGAAAGAUUAGCUAGAGCAAGAGCUGGGGAGACAGAUGUUAUCGCAGACGGCACUAAACCUGCAGGAACAAAUGGCGGGUUGUCGUCUUCUAUCCUAGAUGAUACGGCAGUGGAACCCUCAAACCCUAGUGUAUCUACAGCACAGAUAUCAACUGAUGGUGCUGAUGAAUACGAUAUGUUUGCCGAAGAUGAAAAUACUGCUACAAGGCCAUCCUCAGAAGGGAGUAAUCCAGUCCCUCGUGAUACUGGUGCAGUUGGUGAGAGUGGAGAUUCGCAGGGUGAUUAUGUGUAUGAUGAGGCUUCAGGGUACUACUACAGCAGUAGUCUGGGCUAUUACUAUGACCCGUCGACUGGGCUCUAUUGUUCUGCAGCUACUGGACAGUGGUACUCAUUUAACGAAGAAACGGGCACUUAUGAAGAAAUCCCGGCCGAGCCAGUGGCAUCUAAUGUAACCUGAUGCAAGAGGGACUUCCAAGCUUCAGAGGAAGGACAGACAGCGAGUGGUUGCAACUCAUUGCAGUGCAGGAGUAGGCCUUACAUGUAGGUGACUUAUAUCUGUUGCUGACCAAAAGCCUACUUGCCCGCCCGAAAUCAACUUUCGUGUUAUGUUAUCUAUAUAUCCCCUGUUUAUGGGUAAUAUAGGCUCCUCCUAUUGUAAAAAUAUCAAACUUUUGUUCUCGUCAAUUUUUCCUUGGAACAAUAGCUUUUGUGUCGAUCUUUGUGCUUAAACCUGUUCUGAAGAUAGUUCGGUAUGCAGUUCGCCAA